AAAGAGGAUCUCGGCACAGCGGCCACAUUGGCCACAAUCGAUAGCCGCGAUUUACUGGUGGCUCUGAAGCAGAGUAGUGUGUUCAAUGUGAGAGGCAAGGAGAGAUGCCCGGAAGGAUUCGAGAUGUGGAAUGGUAAAUGCUAUCGAUUCUUCAGCGAGAAACAAGGCUUCGAGGAGGCCGCUGAGACGUGUGCACAGAUCAGCGCCUACUCAACUCUGGCAAGUGCUGAAGACGAAACAACGAAUCGAUUCUUGUCGAGUACGUUACUGAGUUUUAAUUUACCUUCCAGGUAG